AGGUCAGUGAAUAAUUUCCUGAUGACCGGCCCGAAGGCGUAUCUCAUCUACUCCAGCAGCGUGGCGGCCGGGGCCCAGAGCGGCAUUGAGGAGUGCAAGUUCCAGUUCGCAUGGGACCGCUGGAACUGCCCCGAGAGAGCGCUGCAGCUCUCCAGCCACGGCGGGCUGCGCAGUGCAAACCGAGAGACAGCCUUUGUCCAUGCCAUCAGCUCGGCGGGCGUCAUGUACACGCUGACGCGGAACUGCAGCCUUGGGGACUUCGACAAUUGCGGCUGUGAUGACUCCCGCAACGGACAGCUCGGGGGACAAGGCUGGCUGUGGGGCGGCUGCAGCGACAAUGUGGGCUUUGGGGAGGCCAUUUCCAAGCAGUUUGUGGAUGCCCUGGAGACGGGACAGGAUGCCAGAGCAGCCAUGAACCUGCACAACAACGAAGCUGGCCGGAAGGCGGUGAAGGGGACCAUGAAGCGGACCUGCAAGUGCCAUGGGGUGUCAGGCAGCUGCACCACCCAGACCUGCUGGCUGCAGCUGCCCGAGUUCCGGGAGGUGGGCACGUACCUGAAGGAGAAGUACCACAAGGCCCUGAAAGUAGAUCUGUUGCAAGGGGCGGGCAACAGUGCGGCCAGCCGGGGGGCCAUUGCUGAGACCUUCAGCUCCAUCUCCAAGAAGGAGCUGGUCCACUUGGAAGACUCCCCCGACUACUGCCUGGAGAACAAGACCUUGGGGCUGCUGGGGACCGAGGGCCGGGAGUGCCUCAAGCGGGGCAAGGCCCUGAGCCGGUGGGAGAAGCGGAGCUGCCGGCGGCUUUGCGGGGACUGUGGGCUGGCGGUGGAGGAGAGGCGGGCAGAGAUGGUAUCCAGCUGCAACUGCAAGUUCCACUGGUGCUGCGCCGUGCGGUGCGAGCAGUGCCGCAAGAGGGUCACCAAGUACUUCUGUGUCCGCAAGGAGAAGCGGGAACGGAGUGGGGGCGGCAGGGCCACUCGCAAGCUCAAGAGGAAACCCUAA